CCUCGCAUUCCCAGAAGGCCGCGGGCGGAGGGUCUCUCAAGAGGGCGGGAGUUCCCGACAUGCCCUGCGGUGCGCCAUUAACCGCCGGAUUUGAAUCGCGGGAAUGCCCGGCGGCGACGGCGGCGAUAUCGGCAUGGGCGCCCCGGCAUUGCCCCCGGCCUGGCAGCCCUUCCUCAAAGACCACCGUGUCUCUACGUUCAAGAACUGGCCCUUCUUGGAGGGCUGCGCCUGCACCCCGGAGCGGAUGGCCGAGGCCGGCUUCAUCCACUGUCCCACUGAGAACGAGCCCGACUUGGCCCAGUGUUUCUUCUGCUUCAAGGAGCUGGAAGGCUGGGAGCCGGAUGACGACCCCAUAGAGGAACAUAAAAAACAUUCAUCUGGUUGUGCUUUCCUUUCUGUCAAGAAGCGGUUUGAAGAAUUAACCCUUGGUGAAUUUUUGAAACUGGACAGAGAAAGAGCCAAGAACAAAAUUACAAAGGAAACCAACAAUAAGAAGAAAGAAUUUGAAGAAACUGCAAAGAAAGUGCGCCAUGCCAUUGAGCAGCUGGCUGCCUUGGACUGAGGCUUUGCUGUGGGGCCCUGCUUCCAGGGUGAAUGCGGCGUUCCCAAGGCAUUACCCUAGCAGCACCAGCCUCUCUGCGAGACCCUCAGUGCCUUGGGGAAGGAGAACAUCAACGUUGCCAAUUAGCUAUUCCAACUCUCCUACUCUCCUUUGUUUUUCUUGAAAAUGGCACCAGAGGCUGCUUCUGCCUGGGCCACGGGUGCUGCUGACAACAGUGACUGCUUCUUUCCCUUUUUUCUUU